CACCAACAGGCGUCAUUUUGUAAGCUCAGCGAACGCUCAGAGGCUCCGAGUGAGACGAAAUCCCCCCCUCUCUCCGAAAAGCAAAGUCAGGCCAGAUUCUCAAGACAAUAAACCGCAAGACCAACCGUUGUCGUCCGAAAGGAAAGGGAAUCUUAUCGUAUGUCCGCUAUCCAGAACCUCCAAACCUUUGACCCCUUUGCUGAUGCAACUAAGGGUGAUGAUCGGCUCCCUGCUGGGACUGAGGACUACAUCCACAUAAGAAUCCAACAGCGGAACGGGCGGAAGACUCUGACCACGGUUCAGGGCAUAGCUGACGACUAUGAUAAAAAGAAGCUAGUCAAGGCCUUCAAGAAGAAAUUUGCCUGCAAUGGGACUGUGAUUGAGCACCCAGAGUAUGGUGAAGUAAUUCAGCUGCAAGGUGAUCAGCGCAAGAACAUUUGCCAGUUUCUGACCGAUAUUGAACUGGCCAAAGAGGAGCAGCUCAAAGUCCACGGGUUCUAGAAGCUGCUUGGAACUGACCCCUCCUCUCCCCCAACACUUUACCCAACCUACCCUACUGCUGUGGUGCGGUUACCCCCCACCCCAGCAGCCCCCCUUCAAGGAAAAAAAGCUGAAAAUGAUUACCUCAGAUCUGAGACUUUUAGUAUUGCACCCUCAAAAUGUCAAGUCCUGUUCAACCAUGGACUUGACAUUUGCAAGGCAAAUUAUGCGGGAUGAAUCAUUUUUGUUCCUUGUCCCAUCCUUUAGUCCUUUAAGUUCUUGUGCUGCUCAUAAGCGUAAUUCUGUGUAACUUUUUAUCAUUGUUUUGUAUGAGGCAUUUCAAUAAAACCUUCAGAUUCCACUUUUGCACAAUCUUUUAAGUUGAUGGGCGGGGAGCAGAUGAGGCAGUUUAAGAUUGUUUUCUUAGCUCCUGUUUUAAAUACCACCAUACAGAACCUGCAUUUUAGUUAUGAUGUGGGUCUGCCUGCUUCAGGGUUACAUUGGAAAGCACGGAAACCCCAUCUUGUCUCUAAUAUGCAUCUAUAACUGCCUUUUUAACCCUUAUUUUUCCACAGUAUGCAUAAUUUAAAUUUUUCUAAACUUGUAAUAUUUUUUGUUUUUGGUCUGGAAUAAACAAUAUCCCAUA